GGCGCUGGGUGAUUUGGGGGGGAGGCACGGUCCUCAUUUCGCAGAUGGGGAAACCGAGGCACAAAGAGGUGACUCCUCCAGGAGCUCUGACUUUAACCAUCAACUCCCUGGCCUCUGUUACGUGUCUUUCUCCUCUGGUUAAACAUGGGAGUAAAGAUCCUGGCCACCCAGUGCUUUGUGACGCGCGGGUGAGAGGCUCUCUGGUAGUGACCGGUGCAAGGCAGGUGCCUUGCGGAUCGCGGGCAAGGGAAAACUCCCCUGUUGAAGCAUCAGCGUCAGCUUAAAGCCUUUCCCUUCCUGAGGGGAAUACCCCGGCGCAACUAAACGCUGAUGCCUACUGUCUAGUGCUCGGAGCACUAGAUCCUAGAGGCCCGGGCAAGAUCCUUUGGUCCACAGUGUCCCACCCCUUCCUUGACUGACUCGUGAUCCAGCCUUGGGGGUUAUGUUCCUUCCCUCCUCCCCUCCUCCCCCAGCCUUGGGCUGGAGUUUGGCAGCUGAGUAGAGAGUCACUGUCCUUAAUCUCCAGCCGCAAGUGUUGCAGAUAAGAGGUUGGUGUGUUUCUUGUGUGUGUGGGAAAGGCACCCAGGAGAUCCUCUCCCUGAUGAAGAGACCAGCCUUGUCCUAGGCAAUGAGUAACACCACCACACCCACCUCUGCCGAGCCCUCCAACGACUCCCUGGUGGGCUACGUCCUCGUGCCGUUCUUCUUCAUCACCGUCCUCGGCAUCAUCUUGGCCGUGAUGAUGUACGUUCAGAAGAAGAGGAGGUUUGACAGGCUCCGCCACCACCUGUUGCCGAUGUACAGCUAUGACCCUGCAGAGGAGCUGCACGAGGCCGAGCAGGAGCUGCUGGGAGAGGCGGAGGACACCAAGGUGAUGCCAGGCUGGGGUGGCGGAUACCAGCCCCAGCGGACGCUGCUCAUGGACAUGAAGGCGUAGCGCAGCUCGGAGACCAGCGCUCAGGACCAGGACCAGCCGCCUGCACCCUCCUUGUGUGCAAACACCAUGCACUCCUGGCCGGGGGGAGGGAGCCUUCCAGCCCCUGCCACUUUUGCACUUUAUUUCUGUUCCCGUCUCCCCUGUCCCCUCGCCCCUGGGUCUUGCCCCUCAUCUGUUACAAAGCAGGAUGGGCUUUUGUCUCUUGGCUCCAGCUCUGCUGCCCAGGAGCCUUCCUGCCAUGGAAGCACUGAGAGCCCAGGCGGCACCCUGGGCUCACACACUGGUGAUUGGGAAUGGCUGUGUCCCCCAAUGCCCUCCCCCCUCACAGCCUUCUGCCACGGACAGGAGGCUUGAGCUUCCCCCUGUAAGUAAUACUGCAAGCUAAGCGGCUUGGCACCCCUGUAAUAGCCCCUCUGACCCCACCCACUGCAGCCCUCCCUGCAUUUAUGCAAGCUUUCCCCUCUGUAUGAGCAGCUUCAAACCAAUGCAGCUCUGCUACUGCAGUGCAUCAGCUCAGAGACCCGCAGCCUGCCAUGCUGCACGUCACCGGCGGAUUACCUUGCUGUUUUGUGUGGGGGGGGGGAAGCUCAGUUCCCUGCGUGGACGCGUGCCUAUCGCCACAUGCAUGGGCUUGUCCCGCCGGAGACUCUUAAGACCUAGUCUGCCUGAAUCCCAUGCCACUGUCUUGAAAGGGCAUGAUGACUUGUUACUGCGAUAGGGCAGCUAGGUCGGAGGGUUUGAAGCAGUGUCCAGGGCAGGGUGGGAUUGAUUUGCUGUCCAGAGUUUAACAGAGCAGCGAAGAACAAAACCCCCCACGUUUCCCUGUGAGCAGCCAAGAGGCCUUAUGUAUUUGCCAAGGAGGAGGGUUCUUCCUAGCACAAAAGCUCCUGGAGAGUCUGAUAACCAAACUGUGCUAGUUGUAGUUCAGCAAGGUGCAUCUUCCUAUGGUGAUUUUGUGGGGUUUUUUUGUAUCCGACAGUAGCUCAUCUCUAUAUUUUGUAAAUAAAAGGCACUGUGAAUGUGA